AUGGCAGACACAGUCGCAGCGAGUACGACGACGGUCGAUAGAGACCUGGCUCUCGCCACCCUUCUUUCCGAGUUCCACGCCCUUGAUCUUGCCGAUGUUGUGGCCAUGGUGCUGGAUGCAUGCGGGGGGCAUGUGGCGGAGGCGCGGGAGAACCUGGCGAUCAUGGCCUCGGCGCGGCGGUCAAGUGCAAUGUCGGGUAGCCGCGUCCGGCGAUCGCGGCGAACCCGCCGUCGGCGGUCGGGCCGGCCCCAAGCGGGCAUGGAGUCGUCGUCCCGCGGCGAUGUCGGCGGUGGCGACGAUGGUGACGAUGCCGGAGCCCAAGCCGGUGUCGCAGGCGAUGGCGCGGCCAAGUGCAAGCGCAAGCAUAGAGAAAAGGGCAAUGGCAAGGGCAAGGGCAAGGGCAAGGGGCGGGUGCGCAAGCCUUCGCGUCGCAAGAAGCUUCGUAUCGCAGAGCAGAACAGAUUAGAGGCGUUGAAACGGGCGCGAUUGUCGGCGGGCGCGACCGAGGAUGAGUUCAUGGCCGAGGUCGAGGCUGACGGCCGGAGCAAGCUCAUUGCAACCGGCAACACUGCAGAGAUCAAUGUGAUCACGCCGCCGCGACCGGGUGCCAAGCUGUUGGUGCUCGAUCUCGACGAGACGCUGUACGACUUUCGGUCAGCAGACGAGAAGAUUGCGCACAAGGUGCUCCGGCUAAAGAGGCCACAUGUUGACGCGUUUCUGGCCAAGGCCUACACCUACGGCUAUGACCUCUGCAUCUGGUCGCAGUCGUCGUGGCGGCGAUUGGAGACGAUCCUCACCGCGCUGGGUCUACUCACACACGAGGCCUUCAAGUUUGUCUUUGUCCUCGAUGUCUCGUCCAUGUACAAUGUCUCGCGGACUGAUGCACAGGGCAACAUCGUUGUGCACCAGGUCAAGGACCUUCACUUUAUCUGGGGGAAGUUUCCAGACUUUUACACACCGUGCAACACACUGCACAUCGACGAUCUAGCGCGGAACAUGUGCAUGAAUCCGGGCAACGGCCUAGUCAUCAAGCCGUUCAACCGCAAGCUCCGCCGCUCGGCGGUGCCUGACAACACCCUUGCGCUCCUUGCCGACUACCUCUUCCUUAUCGCACACGAGCCCGACAUCUCGCUCCUCAACCACGCCGGGUGGGAGCUUGCCGUUGUACAGGCACGCUCGCCACGGCCGGAGAAGCCGAGCAACUCUGCAUCAUCGGACACGACCAACUCCGGUUUGGCAACUGGCGGCCGAGUCGGUGAUGAGAUCGGCUAUCACAACGGCGGCAGCGGCGGAGGCAACACGUCAGGCCCGCCGCCGGCGUAUGCAGCACACGAGAACGAGAGUGGAGUGCUCUCUGGUCGCGGCAGCGAUAUGGGGACCAAUGACGGCGCCGGUGGUCCCAUCGGCGGCGUCGGACGCGCGGGUGCAGGAGGCAGCGUGGCCAGUGACAGCUGGAGCACCGAGUCGUGA